UGGAGCCAUAUGAGUGUUUUGAGAAUCAACUGGUUCCUCUUGGACAUCUUUGCUAAAUAAUAAAUACGAAACCCGCCUACCCAAUCGAUAUCUUCAUUAUGGCAACGAUCUUCAAACUCAUAUUUUACGUUCCAGAGACCCAUAUUGAGGUCUGUAAAGCGGCCAUUUUUGCUGCUGGAGCUGGUCGUUAUCCAAACAGCUCCUAUACAGAGUGCUGCUGGACGGCCUUAGGCACCGGCCAGUUUCGCCCAGUGGCCGGGGCGAAUCCGCAUAUCGGACAACUAGAUAAGCUUGAAUCUGUCGCUGAAGUACGAGUUGAAGCGCCAUGUGUGGGCCAAGAUGUGACAAAGAAGGCCGUGGAAGCACUGAAGAAGGCUCACCCGUAUGAGGAACCGGCAUAUGAAGUGUAUAGGCUUGAAGAUUUUUAAGCAGCAGAUAUUAAAGUCGAUAAUACAUGAAUUCUCAUCG